AUGUCCUCAUGUCUCUACAAAUGUCUGCGUGAAGCUGGACUGGAGCAGUAUUACACUCACUUCAAAGCAAUGGGUUUUCUGAAAUCGCAAGAUCUAGUUCAGCUGACCAUGAAUGAUUACUCUGUGCUGGGAAUGCAUAGCAUGCGUGAUCAAAAGCGUUUAUUCCAACUCAUUCAAAUUAUAAAAGAUGUACAAAAUGAGGACCACGAUGCCAGUGCAAGUACUGACUGUCCCCAGCCAGACUCACUUAAUGUCUUUGUGGAGAGAACUAAACCUGGCCCUCGGCGUCAGUUGAACUUUGAGUACAUAUCUAAUCAUAAAACGGACAAUAUCAGUCAGGUUUCUGAAACCAGUAGCUAUCUUCAGCUAUCAUCUGAAAAUCAUCUUCAGGAUACUCCUUCAGGAUUGUCGAAACCUCCUUCACCAGUUGAUCAGCUACCUAUCAAGUUAUGUCUAAAGGAUAUGCACUCUCUUCCUGAGAAGGAAGCUGAUUGCUCAACAAUCCAAAAUACAAAAAUGAUUUUGCAUGUUUCAGGAUAUAAUUAUGGACUACCACAUGCUGUCUUGAGGCCUGUGAACCCUGGGAAAGAGCAGGCAUGGAUUGAGGUUGAAAAAAUCCACGUUUGUGUUCGAAAGCGACCUCUGGGUGUACGAGAAGUACGACGUGGAGAAAUUGAUGUUGCAAAAGUGGAAGAAAAUAGAUCUGUCCUUAUUCAUGAGAAAAAGGAAGCGGUUGACUUGAAGCAGUAUGUCCAACAACAUGUUUUUUAUUUUGAUGAAGCAUUUGAGGAGACUUGUACCAAUAAUGAUGUGUACUUGAAGACUGCUUACCCCCUGAUCCAACAUGUUUUCAGUGGUGGAAUGGCAACGUGCUUUGCAUAUGGACAGACUGGAGCUGGAAAAACUUAUACUAUGAUGGGGACUGAUCAAAAUCCAGGGCUAUAUGCACUUGCUGCUGAGGACAUCUUCACACAAUUGCAGACAUCUGAGCGAGACAGACCUCUUUUCAUCUGGAUAAGCUUCUAUGAGAUAUACUGUGGCCAACUAUAUGACUUGCUGAAUAGGCGAAAAAGAUUGUUUGCCAGGGAAGAUGGCAACCAUACAGUACAAAUUGUGGGAUUGCGUGAAAUUCAAGUGGAUGCAGUGCAAACCUUGUUAGAGGUGAUUUCUUGGGGCAGUAAAGCACGGAGUACUGGUGCUUCUGGGAUAAAUACAGAUUCCUCACGUUCACAUGCUAUUAUUCAAGUCCAGCUUAAAAACCUAAAUGAUACAAUUGUUGGAAGGAUUUCUUUCGUUGACCUAGCUGGGAGUGAGAGAGCUGCUGAUGCCAGGGAUUCCGACAAACAAACUAAAAUAGAAGGAGCUGAAAUAAAUCAGAGUCUCUUGGCCCUAAAAGAGUGUAUUCGAGCUUUGGACCAGGAACAUCCUCACACACCCUUUAGGCAAAGCAAGCUUACACUGGUAUUGAAAGACUCAUUUAUUGGGAAUUCUAAAACCUGUAUGAUCGCUAAUAUUUCACCUAGCCAUGUAGCCACAGAACACACACUGAACACUUUACGCUAUGCAGAUAGGGUAAAAGAACUAAAGAGAGGAACCAAAACAUCCAGCACAAUACAUAAUAGAUGUCAAGGAGCUAGAAGCCCAUCUCCGAAACGUAUUAAGGAAACACCUUGUACAACAUGGAGAAAAAAAUCAAUACAGAAAAAUGUGAAAUCGAAAAUUGAACAGUCUUCUUGUGAGACUAAAAAUACAAUACAGCCAAAAUCAACAUCAUCAGUUUUUCAUUCACCUAAUGUUCUGAGUUCCACAUCAAAAAUAGCAAAUAAAAAUGCGCUUUUGCAGACCCCCUCAAAAGACAUGUGGCUAAGUCACAUUACACCCAAUAAGGAAAUCCUUAAGAAAGGUUCAUUAAGUAUCAACAAAUGUUCAAAGGAUAAGGGUUCAACCGAUAAGAGCUGUAGGACUAAAGAGCGUUUUCUGACUAACCCCAAACCUGGAACAUCCAAGAUAAUUCAACAUGGACAAAGGAAAGAUUUAAUUUCAGAAAACCAAUCUAGUGUAACUAAAAAUGUGAAAGUUCAAGCUGUUUAUCCCAUUCAGAAAGAAAUCAUUUCAAAAACUAGAUUUCACUGUACUGAACAGGUAAUAAAUAACUGUUCGUCCAAUAAAAGAAAUAGUUCUGAGAAUUUUGAACAUGUGUCUCACAAGACUCCAGAGUCAACUGUCAAUAUGCACCUUCUGCAAAAGGAACGGGAAAGACAUUUGCAUCUUUAUCAUCAACAACUCCAACUUCAACAAUCACCAUUGACACAAAAGAAGCUUGAUUAUCAACCGUUAAAGGAACUUCUCAGGCAAUUCUAUCAACCUAAAAUUAGAAUGGAUGAUGAGGAAAUUAAAUAUAUUUCGUCACUGCAGUGUGCGGUCCAAAGGUCAGAUGAUCAAAAUGAAUAUAGUAGUAAUUGUGAUUCUUCUUAUGAUUAUCAAUGGCUGAAUGAUAGAGAAAAUCAGACUGAUCGUAGUAAUCAACCGACCUUCUGUGAAGUAUCAAAAGGAGAACUAAGUGGAAGAAAUAAAGUUCAAGAAUUUUUGUUUUCUCAGAAUCAACAUAUGAGUCUCAGGGCAGAAGACAACAAUAAAAUUGCAUCACUGUGGAAUACAAGUGAAGAUGGCACAAAUGCCCAUUCAUCAGGAGCUAACUCCAAACAAACAGCAUAUUCACAAAACAGUAUUGGUCAAGAGCACUUAAGUCGUUUAUCAACUGACUCCAAAAAUACUCCACAGAAUAAAAAUCAACAUCUUUCAAAUUGUCAACAAGAUGGCAGAGCUGCUACUUCACAACAUGCACAAAUGAAUAGUAAUUUGUCUCUUGAUUUAAAAGCUAUCAAAGCUAGAGAUAUCACUUCAUUUCAGUCGAGUAGAGCAUUUCAGAAGAUUUAUUGUUUGUUUCAGAUUGUCAACAUUCUACAGAGAAGCCAGCAUUAA